UUAUAUGUACAGUGUUGUACUUACUGUACAGGUACUAUGCUUCAGUUAUUACUUCACUUAGUUUUAGUUUAUUUAACUGAAGCAGGUUCGGUUGAAUAUAGAUACGAAUCUCCCAAAUCAUGUCAACAUCUGACAGUACCAACAGCUACAGCUUAUAAAUCACUUAUUGUUGACUGGAUGUUGGAUUGUGUUCGUCAAUGUAGUCAUGAUUCUAGUUGUUUAUCGACAACUUUUGAUGGCUCUCAAACUUGUUACAUGUUUUCUGAUGAUCAACUGAACUGUACAGUGACUCAAGGAUCAGGUGGAAUGUUCAUGAUAAAAUUAAAGGCUAUUUCAUUAACCACUACGACUAUACCACAAACAACUACAAGACCAACUACUGAACUAGCAUCAACUACAGGACCAACUACUGAACUAGCAUCAACAACCAUGGACACUAUUAUUACUACAGAGGAGAUGAUCGGGACCACACCUCUGACCUGUCUCAACAAUGGAACCCUGGAUUCUGCAACACAAACAUGUAAAUGUUAUAAUGGUUAUAUAGGAGAUACAUGUCAACGUAUCAUGAUGGAUUGUACAGAAGGCUUUAAAUCAGGCCAUUAUAAUGAGGAUACGUACGAUAAUUAUUUUAUUAAACCUACUUUAGCCCCAACAGCUUUUGAAGUUCAUUGUAAUAUGAAAGACGGCGGUGGUGGUUCCACACUCAUGAAGAAUUCGGAAUGGUCGCCAUCUGUGAACAGAAAUGUAAACUGGAACACCUAUAAAGAUGGUUUUGGUUCACAUAAAGAUAAUCAUUGGCUUGGUCUUGACCAGAUUCACUACAUCACCUCAAGUCGUCCACACCAUUUAUUUAUAGAGGUCAUCAGUGAUAUAGACUAUAAAGGAAGAUGGCGGAAAUAUGAAAAUUUUAAAGUCGAAGAUGAAUCCACCAAUUAUCGUAUGACGUAUUCUGGGGUUUUUCCAUGGACUCAGUCAGAAGCAAGUGCGGAUCCUGACUGGACCAAAGUCAUCUUGUCGACACCAUUGGGUGAUUCUAUGAUUGGGUUAAACGGUUCAGCUUUCAGUACAUUUGACAGAGAUAAUGAUCUGGAUGCUGGUAGAAACUGUGCUCAAGAGUAUCAAGGUGGAUGGUGGUACAACGCAUGCGCAGAUUGUAACCCAAAUGGUCCUAUCAAGAAACCGAGAAAUUCAAAUGCAGUUAAUGAAGCCUUUUGGAAAUAUGAUUUUAUGAAUAACUAUAUACCAUUUAUAGAGAUGAUUCUCAGAGCAGCUUAAACCGUACACAUUCUCUGGUAUCAAGGCGGUUGGUGAUACAACGCAUGCGCAGAUAGUAACCUAAAUGAAGAGCUCCGGGGAAGAACGAUCUAAGUCACCUUUUCAAUGAACUCCAGUUUAUAGCGCCGUCUAGUAGCAAAUUGUAUAAGCUUUCUGUGGAACAAUCAAUUUCAGGUAAAAACGAUCGGAGUCACAUUGAACAAAGUCCAUCGGACCCUUUAUUUGACCUUAAUUUGGCUGAAAAGUGGAAGUCAGUUGUUGUACUGGUAAUUAUGAUUCGUAUUGAACAUCAUUUGAAGUUGUAAUUAAACCCACUCGUUGUUCUUUUCGCGUCAAGCAUUCUUGUUCAAAAGUCUGUUUUGCCUUUUAUGCGAAAAGACAAAAAUGUGACUUAGAUCUUUCUUCCCCUGGAUUCAAAUGGUCUUAUCAAGAAUCCUCCAAAUCCAUGCGCACUUGUCAAAGCCUUUUGGAAAUAUAAUUUUAACAAUAAAUAUAUCCCGUUCGUUGAGAUUAUAUUAAGAGCUGUUUAAGCUUGUAUAGAUUAAUGUCGUAUAAACAGUAGAGUAUCCUUUGAGAUUAUGUUAAGAGCUGUUUAAGCUUGUAUAGAUUAAUGUCGUAUAAACAGUAGAGUUGUUUAAGCUUGUAUAGAUUAAUGUCGUAUAAACAGUAGAGUAUCCUUUGUUAUGUUAAAUAUAGAUCUACAUAUAAAUAUCAAAUGUCAUGUCCUUGUUUAAACAUACAUUAUGCAAUAGCUAAAUCUGUCUAUUGCAGGUCUUUCUUUAGGCCUGUAAUGUUAUCUAAAUUAUUAAUUAGACAUUAAUUAACCUAUCCAGACCAUAAUCAACUAUCGAUGGCAUCGCUAGCCUGCGAUCUUUAGUGGAUUAUGAGUUGAUUUACAGCAUAACUUUCCUUCACGAUUUAUGAUUAAAUGGAUAAUCGUAUGUACUAACUUUAGUAAUGAUGAUCGAGGUUAGGCGGAAAUUUCAAUCGCUUAAUUCUCGGUUCAUAGUUGAUCAAUUUGAAUGAAAUUUUUAGCAAAUUCCCUUUACAUUAUCUAGUUUUUAACUAUUAUAGUGAGUACCGCGAGCUCUUUAUCUAAUCUCACAUAAUGUAUCUUUAAGUUCCAGAGUUCUCAAAUAUUUGAUGCAAUCGUUAAACUUUGAAUUUCUAGUGUAAUAAAUUGCAGUGUUAUUAGUAUCUUCAGGCAUAUUGGCGUUUUAUAUCAUUUUAAAAUUGACAUUUUGAAGAAUUUUUAUAAAAUUGUAAUUUAAUCAUUUUGUCUCAUCGAUUCAGGGGCCGACCCAGGAAUUUUUGCAGGAGGAGAGUCGCAAAGUUCCUGUUAAAGAAAUUUGACAGUUGACAUAAUCGUCUCUAAAUUACAACACCCCGUUUGAUGUCAAUUUUUAUAAUGAAUUAAUAGGAUCACAUUGUGAUUCAAUUUCAUUACGCUGAUAAUCUGAUUUACUUAUGACCGAGCUAGUAAUUUCGGUAAAUCUUAGACUAUCAUUGGGUUAUUUCGGUAAAUCUUAGACCUAUCAUUGGGUUAUUCAUUUGCGGUAAAUCUUAGACUAUCAUUGGGUUAUUUCGGUAAAUAUUAGACUAUCAUUGGGUUAUUUCGCCCCCUUCUCACUAAAUUUCAGUUGACAAAUAUUCGUUUCCGUCUGCAUAAACCCGGCUCAUUUUAAUUCAUUUCUGUCCAUGGGUAAACAUGUUUACAUACCAUCUGAACAACUUGCCUUGCCAGUCCCCACAGAAACAGUGUCGGAUUUACUGAAAUCAAAAAUUUGUUUAAAACUUGUAGAAAAUAAAGACUGGCCAGGCAGUAUGUAAUAUUUUAACCACUCCUAAAUUUUCUGUGUAGGCAUACCGGGUCUACCUCCUUCAGGGCGGUCUGUGUAGACAUGCCGUCAGGGCGGUCUGUGUAGACAUGCCGGGUCUACCUCUGUCAGGGCGGUCUGUGUAGACAUGCCGGGUCUACUUCCGUCAGGGCGGUCCGUGUAGACAUGCCGGGUCUACCUCCGUCAGGGCGGUCUGUGUAGACAUGCCGGGUCUACCUCCGUCAGGGCGGUCUGUGUAGACAUGACAUGCCGGGUCUACCUCCUUCAGGGCGGUCUGUGUAGACAUGCCGUCAGGGCGGUCUGUGUAGAAUUGCCGGGUCUACCUCCGUCAGGGCGGUCUGUGUAGACAUGCCGGGUC